UUUUCAGUGCUCCACACUCUAUCCUAGUAGGUGGCGGUAAAUGCACCUAAAGCUGGUUUGCUAACCGCCGUAACACGUCAAAAGGAGGAGGAGGUUAUUCGGGGGUGGAGACCACGGAGCGGGUGUCUGCCCAGCCCGCCUUCCCCCAAUCAAACACCCGCAGGACAGCGUCGCUAAAUGCACCCAAUCAGAGAGAAAGAGACUCCAGCCAUUUCACACGAGAAAGAGCGGGAGGCCAUUUUGUGCAGGAGAGAGGGAGAGUGGCGGUACCCACCGAGAAGCGCUGGAUGCAGGUGUUAGUGGUCUGGUGAGAGCCGCAGGAGCACACUACACGCCCCGCGGUGAGCUGUUAGCGGUGUGCCGUUCAUCAGGAUGGCGCACACACCCGAGGAGGCUCUCCAGACGAGCGCAGACAGCGAGGAAGAGUUCACCUUCUCUUCUGAAGACGACGACGACUCGGAGGACGAAAGCUUUCAUUUGAAGGGGCGAGUUGAUCUAGCAAAGGAUACUAUUUAUAAUGCGAAUGUGGCGCCUUCAUGUGCACAUCAUACAAGGGCAGCAUGCAAGCGUUCAGUUUUCAACUCGGUUGAGAAACUUAAUGAAUGUGAGAAUGAGCGUGACCAGAUGCCUGCUGCAAAGAGAGCCAGGACUCUUUCGUGGAAAGCAGAGACUGAUGUUGACCGGGUUGCACAGACUCUGAGAUUCUUGCCUGCUCGGGAACCUGGACCGCUGUUGUCUGCUGCUGACUCGCACUCUCCCAUGAGUCUUUUCAAACUGUUUUUCACAGAGAGCGUCGUGGCAAACCUGUGCCACAACACAAAUGCUCAGGCUGCCAGGGCAAUUGCAAAGGGCCGCAAGUACAAAUGGACAGAUGUCGGUGUUGAUGAGCUGUACCGCUACAUCGGACUCGUAUUCUACAUGGCCGCGGUGAAGAUGAGCUCCAUCGCUGACUACUGGCGGCAGGACAGCCUUUUCUCUCUGCCUUUCCCCGCCACAGUUAUGCCACGCGACAGAUACCGCACCAUUUCAUGGAAUGUGCACAUGAGUCACCCAGACGCAGACAAGGAAAACGACAGAAAGAGGGGCACAGCCCAACAUGACCGUCUGUUCAGGAUCAAACCCCUCAUGAACACUAUUCGUCUUGCGUGCAAAGCCUUCUAUCAUCCCAGAAGAAAUGUAGCUGUGAAGGAGAGAUUGGUGGCAUGCAGAGCAAAUACAGGAAUGACGGCGUACGUGAAAGCCAAGCUGACGAACUUCAAGUUUUUUGUCCUUUCAGACUCCUCAAAUGGAUACACUGUGGACUUCUCUGUCUACACGGGCAAGAAUAGCUUUCCCACAGACCGUGGGCUUUCGUAUGAUGCUGUGAUGUCUCUCCUGGACCGUAAACUUUUGGGCUCUGGGUAUCAUGUGUACAUGGAUGAUUUCUACACAACUCCAAAGCUCUUUACAGACUUGCUUGCACUGAAGUUUGGUGCUUGUGGGAUGUACAGAGACCAGAGGAAGGACUUCCCGAAGACUGCAUCUAAUUCACUGAGCAGAAACUCCAGCAGGGGAUCCAUCAGGUGGAUUCGGGAUGGGCCUCUUGUGUGUGUGAAGUGGAUGGACACGCAAGAGGUGUCUGUUUGUUCCACCAUCCAUGCUGCCUAUACAGGAGAGCGCGUGCAAAGGAAAAUCAAAGCACAACAUACAUGGAAGACAAAGAUUUUACCGUGUCCUGCGCCUGUGACUGCAUACAACCAACACAUGGGGGGUGUUGACCUGUCCGAUCAGCUGUUGCAAUACUACGCUGCGCAGCACAAAACCAUGAAGUGGUACAGAAAAAUCUUCCUACCCUUCUUGGACAUUGCCGCCAACAACGCUUUCAUAUUGCACAAAGAGCUGCACGGCAACAUGACUCACGAUCAGUUCAUGGAAGAGCUUAUUACAGAGCUCUGUGAUGUGAAACAGAAAGCAGCACCAAAACAGUUUAGCACAAACCAUGUGCCAAUUCCAGGAGCUGAGCUGACUUCAAACGUCAGAAGAAUUGCUACUGUCGGUCGCCGGAUCUGUGUGCAUUGCAAAGCCGUGCAUGGAAAGAAGGAACAGACACCUUGGAAAUGCCAGGCUUGUGACGUUCACUUGUGUCUUCAGUUGAACAGAAACUGUUUCCAGGAAUGGCACAAAAGUCUGUGAUUGUGUUCAAAUGUAUCAUAGUUUUUCCCGAAUGAAAGAAUAAUUGAUAGUAAUUGAGUUGAUUUCUGAAGGAUCAUCACAAUGAAGACUGGAGUUAUGGCUGCUGAAAAUGUAUGG